CUAGCUAAACAACGCCUAGCUUCCAACCAGGAAGCAAAAGGUCUCUUCUUACCUAGUCAAGAUUGGCAAAGUCAUUAGGGGCAAACUCAUGAUGAAAUCAUCAAUAAAGAAUUUGGAUUAAAAAUACUGAAAAAGGAUCCAAAAGUUGAUAUCCAAAGUAAAGUAAAUAUCUAGUUGAGUAGCCAUUGGACUAUGCUUAGGGAUGACAAUUUCGACCUAACCCGUUUUACCCGACCUGUUUGACCUGUUUUGGGCGGGUCCGAUCCGCCCCGUAGGCGGGGCGGGCAUGGGUACCUCUUGUUGACCCGACCUGCCCUGACCCGCCCCAUUCUCGACCCGUUCUUGCCUACCUACAUGUAAUCUUAGUAAAAUUAAUUAAAAUUUUCCUCAUAUUACCUCAUAUUUUAGCCAUAUUAAAGUUGUAAAUAAGUGAAAACCUCAAAUUUUCCAAUACUUUAACUACAUUUUAUCAUAUUAUGGUUUAUUUCUCGGUAUUUUAAUGAAAAUAAUGAAUAUUUUUAAAUUUCUUCACAUGAAUUACAUACCCAUUGGGUCGACCUGCCCCGACCCGCACCCCAUGAUAAAUUACCCGAUCUGGACCCGACCUGCCAUGAGGCGGGUAUGGGUAUCGAGAUACCCGGCCCGGACCUGCCCCAUUGCCAUUCCUAACUAUGCUUGUGUAAUCUCUUGCUUACAACCCAGCUACUGAAAGAGAAAAGAAAAGCUAUGCAAAUGAGUAAAAAGGGAGGGAGAAAAAAGAGAAGAAUGACUUGGGAGAUGAAUAGGAUUGUGACAUAGCAACCAAAUGGAAGUAAUGAUGUGUGAGGAAUCCUUGAAUGCAAGUAAUGCCCCCUUUCCCACGGUUGGCAUAUCUGUCACCUGCAAAAACUUCAUUUCCCCCUUUCCUUUUCCAUUGCUUCUGCCUCAAUUCUGCUCUCUUCCUCUUUUCCAUAACUACACCAUUCUUUGGUCUCUGGCUCUAACCUUGAAAGCUUCACAUUCUGUUCGAGGACUGGCAGAGUCCAAGGUAUCCCUUCAUACGGGUAAUAUUGAGCAUUGAGGGUAAGAAUUUAACACAGCAUGAUUCAUGUUUCUAUGUCUAUUUGUCACAUCCACACACAGAAGAUUUACUCACAGAACAUUUACUCCAUCACACUUUUCUUUCCCCCUGACCUCCUGACAAAGGCAUUAGUUGUUGUAUAUAUUAGUAUCAUCCCACCAACAAUGGUGGAAGAAAUCUGAAGAAGCACAGAAUCAUACCUUAAGUUGCAGAGGGGGAGAGAGAUAGAAAUGGAGGGAAGGAACAAAGAAGACGAGUAUGACGUGGCGGAGCAGAUAGGGAGGGGGAGAUUCGGGGCAGCGUUCCUCGUGGUUAACAAGUCGGAGAACAAGAGGUAUGUGAUGAAGAAGAUUAAGCUGGCGAGGCAGACCGAGAGGUUCAAGCAGACGGCGGUCCAGGAGAUGAACUUGAUCGCUGAGUUGAACCACCCGUAUAUCGUUGAGUACCAGGACUCCUGGGUUGGGAAGAAAUGCGUGUGCAUCGUGACGAAUUACUGUGAGGGUGGAGACAUGGAUCAGAUGAUAAGGAGAGCCAGAGGAACGUAUUUCAGUGAAGAGAUGGUCUGCAAGUGGCUGGCCCAACUUCUGCUAGCAUUGGACUAUCUCCACUCCAAUCGUGUUCUUCACAGAGACUUGAAAUGCUCCAACAUAUUCCUUUCAAAAAGCAACGACAUCCGACUAGGUGACUUUGGACUGGCGAAACUGCUUGGCAAAGAUGACCUUGCCUCCACGCCAUUGAAAUGACUUAUCAUCAAUCUCCUCAUCAUUUAACAAAGACUCUCCCAUUUGACUGCUGCUGCUCCUCCUCCUCUCUGUCAAUCCAUCCAUCAUCUAUAAACCCACAAAACCAUUGUAGGGUAAAGCUGCUGCCAACAAGAUCCAUAUAUACCUCUUCCAUAUACAAAGAAUUUGCAAUUUUGUAUUAAAAAACACCCAUUUGUUUGCAUGCUAUAGCUCUUGCAAGAAUGCAUCACUGCACUGCAAUGACUUGUGGACAUCUUUCUUCAUUUGCUUCCUAGCUCCAUAAUCAUCACUCGAGUUAUGGCCUUGAGAGGUCACUCUCGAUCGGAACAUCUUCUGUGAAUCAAGAACUCUUCAUUAUUGUGUAGCUUUCUAGUUAUACUGCCCAUAAUUUGUUUUGGCCAAUUGGGUUCUCUUCUGUAACCACGUAUCAAUCCUCCAGGGAGUCCUAUAUGUAAAUAACUAAAUCACAUCCCUAGCUAUGGCAAAGUUGCAAGGUUUAACCUCUCCUUUCUUUUCCAAUAUCCCUUUUUAUGUCCUAAACCUACCCUAUAUAUAUUGCAAGGGUAUCUCUAUAUAUUAUCAAUGUUGUAAGAGAUUGUAUUGAAUGUUGUAACGGAAAAGUUAAUGGUAGGUUAUUUUAUGCUGAACUCGUGGUUUAACUCCAUACUGCUAAAAAUCGCCUAUCAAUUCAGACUCUGAUAAAUGAUUUUUCCAAUCAAAUCGCCAACGAUUUUGCAUAUUUUAUACUACUAUGUAUAAUUUAAUUUCAGUAUUUCCCACCCACCAUACAAGUACUGCAACAAGAGAGAUAGAGAGAGAGAUAUGCAAAAGGAAUUAUUGAAGACAAGAAGUUUGACAACACACCACAUGCCCAUUUAAUUCCCUUUCUCUUGUUGCUCUCCCUUUGUUUCUGCCAACUUACAUGUAAACACACCACGAAGAACAGUAGUACUACUCAGUCUCACACACUUGCUUACAGUCUUACACACGUGUGCAUCCCCCCAUUACACACGUGUGUGCAUAGUCAAGUGAACAUGUACAGUUGUGUGAUAAAUAGGGUAAUGAAAACAUGAGAUGUGC